AUGAAUUUACUGCACUCGGAUGUUUUUCUUCGUCUUCUACUUUUGGCGUUUACAAGUUACUUUGGAGGAGCGAAAUUGGCUUCCUUGGCAGUGGUCAAUUCGAAUGCCUCGUGGUUUGACGCGUUUAAGGAGUGUAAAUCUCUUGGCUAUUCCAUUGCUAUAGCAACAUCAACUGGAUAUUUGUUUCUUCAUAUCCGGAAUUACCUUUUCCAGAAUCAUCCUGAAUUCCUAGACGUCCCGCUGUGGACGGGACUAUUGAAACCUAAUUUAAACGACGUUUGGUAUCUACGGGAUGACUGUCACAGAACAAUAAAUGAGAAUAUGAAAAAAUCAUUUGUAAACAACACUGCUGGUGAACGUCAAUGCCUGCUACUCAACAUGUCAGUGAAUGCCGCAAAUAUGGCUAACAGCUGGUAUGCAACGUCCUGUUACGAGCGACAUCCGUUCAUUUGUGAACAGGUCAUAGGGCCUCGACCUGUGGUACGAUAUGAUGGCAUGCAGCCACAAAAUGUCCUCAGCGGCGAUACAUCUAAGAAAACUUAUUUCAACACGACUUCUGAAAACUGCAAGAGGCAAGUGAGAGCGAAUAAGGUGUUUACUACGAAAUACGACUCUCCAUCACGAACCUGUACCUUGUAUAGUAGGUCUGCAUUGAAUCUACCGUUCAAAUUUUAUCUUAUCAGCGAAGAUAACACUACUAUUACCUUCGUGAAGAGCAAGGAAAACAUUGUUUCAGUGACACAGCUAUCAAGCGCUGUUUAUAACGAAAGUUAUCAAGUUACAGAUUUACCAUGUUAUGGUCAUGGUCAAACAACAGAAACACUUGCUCCGACUGCAUCAACCGCUGUCCUCUUUGUAACGGCCACUACCAUGGCGAGGGAGGACUCUAGUUUACUUGAUCAAUGGAUAGCUUUAGCAAAAGAGGAAAACGUCGUCGACGAAAAGACUCUGUCAUCGUAUCGAAAUAAACGUAUGAGUGCGCCUGACAACCGACCCUCCUCUAGGGCUAUGGGAUUCCUGGGCGCUGUAUUUAUGGCUUCUGUUCUGAUUCUCAUCAUCAUGUCUGAUAUACCUCAUAUUAUUCGAGACCUCCGUCAUGAUGUACAUCAAUGGAACAUUAUCGACAGUCGUAAAGCAUUGCAAGCAGAUGUUUCAUUUUUCAAAAAUACAUCUACUCGUCGUAAUUCUGUGUAA